CUGGGAACCAAGGGGGUGGCCAGAUCCAGGCAGCAGGGGUGGUUGGUUGCAGGCCUGGGGUGUGUGUGAUUUGGGUGAUGGCUCUGUUCAGGGGCUAGUGCCUAUGGCCCUUCCCAUCUAGGGUGACCAGAUAGCAAGUAUGAAAAAAUAGGGACAGAGUGUGGGGGGUAAUAGGCACCUAUAUAAGAAAAAUCCCCAAAUAUCAGGACUGUCCCUAUAAAAUCAGGGCAUCUGGUCACCCUAUUCCUGUUAGAACUGGGGUUUGUCACUUUCUCAUAACUGGUGUUAAGUGUUAUAGUCUCCUCAGGCAGGAGUCACCCCGGUUGUGUGUUUACAUGUGGCCAAGUGAUCCUGAUACUGGCUUUUGGGGAGGCUACUGCAGUACAAACAAUAACAAUAGCCACGGUGAAAAUUCACGUCUGUUUCUAUGCAGUGUGCUCUACCCCAGGUGACCAUCUUAUUUCCGUCCCAGUGCGAAAUGAAAUCAGUUUUCUGUGUACAGUGAACUUUGUUACAUGAUCUUCGGUUUACUGUAUAAUCAAAGUGUUCAUGCACUGCUUUUAAGAGCACAGCGUUAAACAUAAAUUAUGCUAAUUAUGCUUCCAGUGAGUUGUACAACAAUACCAUCAUGGCUCAGAGUCCCAAUAUAUUUGAAUGAUCAGAUUGCUAGGAACAAUGCAUCAAAAUUAACAUGAUGCUGAAUAAUGUUGGAUGAUGGUCAGUCCUGACCAUUGUUCAGUGAAGUUAAUAAAGUUUUUGCUCACAUACUUACCUGGCAGAGGAGAUACCAUGAUCAUGAAGGUGGUUUUCUCUGGGUGAGGCUCAUCCAUUGAGCUGCUGGUCUGCUGACCUCUGUGAUUUCCCCAAAUAGAUUUUAAACUGAAGGGGAAAAUGUCACUUUAUGAUGACCUGGGAGUAGAAACCAGCGAUUCAAAAACAGAAGGCUGGUCCAAAAAUUUCAAACUCCUGCAGUCUCAGUUGCAGGUGAAGAAAGCGGCUCUCACACAAGCAAAGAGUCAGAGGACAAAACAAACGACAGUCCUUGCUCCAGUGAUUGACCUGAAGCGAGGGAGCUCUUCUGAUGACAGACAGAUUGUAGACACACCACCUCAUGUAGCUGCUGGCUUAAAGGAUCCUGUACCUAGUGGGUUUUCUGCAGGAGAUGUGCUGAUUCCCUUGGCUGAUGAAUAUGAUCCAAUGUUUCCCAAUGACUUUGAGAAAGUAGUAAAACGCCAGAGGGAGGAACGACAAAGACAGCGUGAGCUGGAGAGGCAAAAAGAGAUUGAAGAAAGAGAAAAGAGACGUAAAGACCGUCAUGAAGCCAGUGGGUUUUCAAGAAGACCAGAUCCAGAUUCUGAUGAAGAUGAAGAUUAUGAGAGAGAAAGGAGGAAAAGAAGCAUGGGAGGUGCUGCCAUCGCGCCACCGACGUCUCUUGUUGAGAAGGACAAAGAACCUGUACCAUCUUUUCCAUUUGAAGAGGAGUCAAGACCUCGUGCACCAUCUGCCAAAGCAGCUAUUCCUCCCCCAGUAUAUGAUGAGCCAGAAAGACCACGGUCCCCAACUGGGCCUAGUAAUUCUUUCCUUGCUAACAUGGGAGGCACCGUAGCUCAUAAAAUCAUGCAGAAGUAUGGUUUCAGAGAGGGCCAGGGGCUGGGGAAGCACGAACAAGGGCUAAGCACAGCACUGUCAGUAGAGAAAACAAGCAAGAGAGGUGGAAAGAUCAUUGUUGGUGAUGCUGCAGAUAAAGUCGAUGCCUCCAAGAAAUCCGAUUCGAAUCCAUUAACAGAGAUACUAAAGUGCCCAACAAAAGUGGUCUUACUGAGGAACAUGGUAGGUGCUGGAGAGGUUGAUGAAGAUCUAGAAGGUGAAACCAAGGAAGAAUGUGAAAAAUAUGGCAAGGUUGGGAAAUGCGUCAUCUUUGAGAUUCCUGGUGCCCCUGAUGAUGAAGCAGUGAGAAUAUUUUUAGAGUUUGAGAGGGUCGAAUCAGCAAUUAAAGCUGUGGUGGAUCUGAAUGGAAGAUAUUUUGGUGGACGAGUGGUGAAGGCUUGUUUCUACAACCUGGAUAAGUUCAGAGUACUGGAUCUGGCAGAGCUAGUCUGAUUUAAGGACCUAGGUCGUGUUGUCACCAUGCCAGUGAUCGUGUUUUCAGCUGGAGGCUGGGAGUAGAGAGGAGACGGCAGCAUUCCUAGCAAACUGGAAACAAGCCCCCAUGAAUGUUUUUUUCACAUUCAUUGUGACUGACGUUUAUUUUAUUUUGUUUUUUACAUAUAAAUCCUUUGAAAGAUUCA